AUGGGAGUAGAUCAUGGCCUCGUAGGUGGGGUAAGGGUAGAGAGAGGACUCCAUGAGGCUCUCUGCCUUGUCCACCUUGGCCCGGAGGGCAACCAUCUGAGGCUUCACGGUGUCGCACAGGUAAGUGGCCUCGUCCGCCAGAGAGGUGUGGGGCUUCGCGGCGAUGAGCGACUUCAGCUUCUCCAGCUCGUCCACGAUGCUCUCGUACACCGCCUUGCGGCCGCCUGCGAGCUUGUCGAAGCCCUUGAACUUCUCCAGGUCCUUGGCACAUGCUGGCAUGUAGCCAGUCUCCACCAUCUGGAUCAUGGUCUCAACCUCGCAACACAUGCAGGAGAUGUAGUUCUCGUACAUCACUUCCUGUCGUGCCUCGGUCUCCUCCUUGGUGUAGAUCUUCAGCGUCUCAAGGAGCUUGGUGUUCUUCUCGGAGCUCCAGGUAGCCACUGCCUUGGGCGUGGUGUUCAGGUUCGGCAAUCCUCGCUUGCUUGCCUCAACCGGCCACUCUGCCGAGUAGCCGUUUCCGGUGAAGAUGACGUGCUUGUUCUCGGAGUAGAGCUUUGCCACGGCAUCGCGAUGGCUCAUGCCACCCUCAAUCAGGCUGGACAGGUGCGCCAUGCCCGCAGACAUGAUCGCAUUGCAGACCAUGAUGGGCAAGCAGCAAUUCUGGGAGGAGCCGACGGCACGGAACUCGAAGCGGUUGCCGCAGAAGGGGAACGGGGCCGUGCGAUUGCGGUCCUCGACGUUGGCCUCGAUGUGCAUGGCAGCGCUGCAGCCCGUCGACUGCUUCUUCUUCUCGGCCUUGUAACCCAGGAGAUCGCCGCCGGAGCAGAUGCUCUCGACGAAUGCCUCGAAUCCCUGACCGGGAUACAAGGAGAUGAUGGCAGGAGGAGCCUCCUGUGCGCCCAGUCGGUGGUCGUUGCCAGCGCUCGCCACGGUGCAGCGCACCAUCUCGUUGUGCUGCGCCAGGCCGUAGGACAGGCAGGCAAUGGCCGUCACGUACAGCUUCGCACCAGCCUCGUUCUUGCCCGGGUAGAAGAAGUUCAACCCGGUGUCGGUGCCGAUGGACCAGUUGGCGUGCUUUCCGCUGCCGUUGAUGCCGGCAAAGGGCUUCUCGUGGAAGAGCACCUGCAGACCCAGCUUGGCGGCUUCCCGGUUCAUCACCUCCAUGAAGCAGACGUUGCUGUCGCACGACACGUUGGCGGCACGGAAGACGGGGGACAUCUCAUGUUGUCCCGGUGCCACCUCGUUGUGCUUCACAGCCAUUGGGCACCCGAUCUUCAGCAUCUCAGCCUGGACAACGUCCAGCAGCUUCUGCACGCUGCCGGGGAUCGCCUGGAAGUAGUUCAGGUCUCCUUGCUGAUGGCGGGUAGGCAACUUGCCGAACAGCGUGCGGCCGGUGUUCACCAAGUCCGGCCGGGCCUUGAAGUGCUCGGCACUGAGCACGAAGAACUCCUGCUCCCAUCCCAAGUAGCUGAACAUGCACUUUGCAUCGGUUCCGAUUCCAAUGUUCUUCAAGAGGCGCAGGCCGUGGAGGGUCACCGCAUCCAUCGAUCGCAAGAGAGGCGUCUUCUCAUCGAUGCAUUUUCCAAAGUGCGUGACGAAGGCACACGGAAUGUACAGGCAAGCAUCCAUCACGAAUGGAGGGGAAGAGCGGUCCCAGGUGGUGAAGGCGGCUGCGGAGUGGGUCACUCGCAGGCCUCCAUUCGGGAAGGAGGAGCCAUCCGUCUCACCCUGGAAGAGGCGCUCCGCUGGCAAGCAGGCCUUCAUGGGCUUGGUGAUGUACUUGGAACCGAACUCCAGGUCCAUGAGGGUGUCUUUCUUGAAGGCUCCGAGCAUGCCGCCGACGGCGCCACCUCCGCCACGCAGGGGGAAGAACCAGUGGGCGAAGUCGAUGGCACCGCGCUCGCGAGCCCAUGCGAACAUGGUGUCGGCGAUAAUCUUCAUGUCGUCCUCCGGGGUUGGGGCCCCGCUGACCAGGCACUCGUUGAAGCGCUGCACGACGGCUGCAGGGAGCUUCGCUGCCAUGACGGCGUCGUCGAACAUGCAGGUGCCCAUCGUGGUGAUCGCGUCGGAGGCCAUGGCUCAAAAUGCGGGUGUGAUGACCAGCCUUGCCGUGUACUUCGAGCCGAGAUGACUGCCACGUGUCAUAGUCAUGCGUGUCCUCUUCUCUGUCUGAUGAGCACUCUCCUUUGUCACCUGAGCACCUGCACCUCGGCCGACCCCUGGUCCUUUGCAUCCAGAGAGCCGAAAUCUCACAAACCUUCCCCCAGCCAAUACAAAGAUCCCAACACUCUUCGCACGCCACUUUUGCCACAGCACGGCAGGUGCCUACAGUGUCCUACGCUCUCCACACAAGACCUUAAACAAUGUGACUCUCCAAGUCACCAAAUCAAAAUUUGGAGAUUGCCUUGCGACGGCAAAGCUGUCAUGGCAAGGGUGAAUCAGAUGCUAAACUAA